AUGUCCAAGUUCAUCUUCUUCGGCCUGAGGGCCUUCCAAGGUAUCUUCGCCAUCGUCGUCCUCGGCCUUUCAGUCACCUUGAUCAAGGGCCAAGGGAUAGGCAGCUACCCGGCAUCGUUUGGCUAUGCUGCUUUCGUCGGCGGCAUCACCAUCCUAGGUGCCAUCCUCGGCGGAGCCGCCGCUGUAUUCGACCAAUUCCAGGGCAUCAUGACCAUGGCCAUGGACGGACUCCUCAUCUUGAUCAACCUUGCCGGUGGCAUCAUCAAGAAUGCAGACUGCCAGGACACCACACUGGAGAACCGGGCGAAGCUGUACGAGAACCCGUUUUUCAACGGCGGCUGCUUGAACGCCAAGAACGCGAGGGACAUCUGCUGGAACUUGGGCGACCGCAUCCAUUACCUCAACAGCCGGUGCAGGGAGAGCACUGCCGACUGUGCGUUCAUGCUUCUCAUCGCCAUUCUGCUCCUGGCUACCGUGGCGGUUACUUUCACCAAGAAGCGAUGA